AUGUCUUUACCUGAUGCUCGCCGCCGGCGUGGAGCUGGCAUUGGUUUUAGCCCAACGGGGCAACGAACUGCCCUAGGAUACUGGGUACCACUUGCUGUGACUGUUGGCGUUGCAACAGCUGGUAUCGCAGCAUGGAUUUGGAGUGAGCGGAGCGAUGAAGACGAAGAAGACGAUCUCGGCGAGCAAUCCCGGGACGAUCUGGACGAACAAGAGGAUGGAUUCCCCACCGCGCGUGGUCCUGGCGGGGAAGACAUGCCUUCUGAUAUAGCAAAUGAUGAUGCUGGAAUGAUGGCUCGUAUGCACAACACUCUACGGCGGACUCCCAGUCCCCAGCAGAUCUUCGACGGCGCCAGCAAACGAGUUGCGGCCGGUGUGGCUGCUGCAGGGGCGUUCGUCGGUGGACUUACUUCAAUCCGAGAAGAGAACAGAGGCGACUUCGAAGAUCAUUCGAGAUGGUCAGAAGAAGUAGAGUCCAGGGACAAUGAAAGAUCUCAGCAAGCUGAUGAGGCCCCGACGAUGAGCGGUGCACUCCCGACUCCACGCGGAGCAACUCCUGGGAAGAAAAAGAGCGUUGCCAUUGUUGUGUCCUCUGCGUCAUCCAAUAGUCUUGAAGACUCCACCUUUGAACAUGCGUCUGUUCUAUCUCACCUUCCCGAACACAUCGACGAAAACACCAAGGUCUUCGUUCUGAUCUAUGCUCCCGAUCUGAAGCGUGGUGCUAACAAAGGAACCUCUCCCAACCAACCUCUAUCUGUCACUUCAUCCUACUCUAAUAUCAACCCCGAAGACGCUGCUUCCUCCGGUGAACUGCCCACCGUUGAGCCCCGCCAAAUGGACGAAUCCGAGGGCAAGACACCGCUUUUCAAGACCUUGUACUCCCAGGCCCUCGCGAUUGUUGAGAAGGAAAAUACAAUCAUGCCGUUCAGCACUGAAUCCGGAUACGUGCACCUUGUGCGCCAUCUCUCGCCAGAGCUUGUAUAUGUCCAAGAGUCCCUGGCAGGCAAGGAUGGAUGCGCUGCUCAGCAUGUCUCCGGAUGGGUCCGACAGGUAGUUAUUGUCGUUGGCGACGAAGGUGGCCGUGGUGGUCUCAUCGACAGUGACGACGAAUCAGCCCUCGCGGAGAAUGGUGAGAAGUGGUGGCAGAAAGAAGGUGUUACCGGUAUUGGAAAGCGCAUCGAUGUUGUGGAUGUGCUCCGUACUGGAUUGGACUGGCGCCGCAGAGUGCGCGGUCUGGACUAA